AUGGAUACUCCGCCAUACACACCUCCUCCAACAGGCCACUCCUCUAUAGACUCCUUGCACAUUCACUACUGCGACUUUGCCUACGAGCACAAAGGCCCCUUUCGCAUGGCAGUGACGGAUAUAGGCGAAACCACAGCAAAGACUUUCGCAGAACUCCUGUCAGGCUCGACCAUGGAUAUUUACGUCGGAAAAACCAGGCGCCAUUGGUCACUUCAUCGCAACAUCCUCUGCCAUCACUCAACAUGGUUCCAAAAGCAGGUCGAGCAUGGGAGCAUGAAAGAAGGAGGGAAAGAUGUCUCGGUCGAGCUGUUUGAUGACGACCCAAGAGCUUUCGAACUUCUCGUCAAGUGGCUAUACCAGGGCAAGAUUGACAAUGUCAGCGAUAUGCCGAUGGACAAGAAGUGGGACUUUGCGGAUGCUUGCCAGCAGCUCUAUAUACUUUGCGACAAAAUCAACCUGCCCCAGCUUAAGAACCUAGCUAUCGACCAAUUUAGAAAAGGGUGCAAUGAAGCUGGUUUAGUACCUGGGCCAGAAGAGAUAAAACCAGUCUAUGACAAGACCCCUCCAUCAUCGCCAUUCCGUAAGCUCGUCAGUAAGAUCGCUGCUCGGCAGAUAAUGGACCCCGAAAGCGAGAGCGAUGCGAGCACGUACAGGCAGUGCUUCGAGGGAAGCUCAGACUUCGCAAUCGAUGUGGUCAACGCGAUCAAGGCUGGAGCUGGAGGCAGCCUAUUCCAGGAUCCUACGGAGGAGGAUGGAUGCUGCUAUCACGAACAUUCGCUGGGGCAGCGCUGCGACACUCCCUCGCACAGAUGA